CAGCAUGUGGGCACUCACCGGUUUAGAAUUCUGCUGUUGGAAAUGGCACUACUUGCUUUUUCUAUCAUAAAGGAGGAUGUUCCUAGCUGCAGACAUUAAACCUCAGCCCUGAUGACUAGAAUAGAAUGGCAUCUGUAAGUCAAUGUACCCAGAUGCGCUCAACUCAAUUUUUCCCACCAAAAUAAUAAGCUAUUUUCCAGUUUUCUCAUAAAACCAAUAUCAGUUUCCUUUUCCGGAGGCUACCAUCAUUGCCUGACUAUGCAAAAAAAUUCUGAAACAGUUCCUCGGCAAUGUAUGUUCUACAUGCGGUGUCUUCAGUUUUUUUUUUUUUUGCUCACUUUAGUCUUUCGGGUUCUUGCACAUUUCCAUCAUAGUCUUUCCGGUUCUUGCACAUUUUCAUCAGGAUUUAGGAUGUUCCUUAACAAUAUAUACUGUGAAUGCAUACACAUAUACAUGUAAUGUAUAUUUCUAAUUUCUAAAUGUAUUUAAUGCUUUAUUAAAUGGAUCUCUAUGACUCAUUAUUGCUUCCCAUCUAAAUAAUAAACAUGUAUUGUUUUUUUUGUAUAGUAAUGUAUAAUGUAUUUGAUUUUGGUAUACUGCUUGGACAACAGUUCAACGUAUCCAAACCAGGUCUAACCACUAAAGGUAGCAUCACCGGUUCACUUUCCAGUCUGGUUAUGAAAACUCUGAUAUAGACAAUGAAUCAUGUCAGAGGCUUCUUUUUUGCUUGAUGCAGGCUCUGAUACAGCGCCUUGGUCUGUAUGGUUUUGUCCAACACUAUGAUCUACGAAGUUGCUCUGCUACCAAGCUUUUCUAUUGCUCUUCAUUCGCAGAAAACAGCCGGUCUUCAAGUGUCGGGCUGAAUGCCAUGGUUAUUGACCCAAGAAAUCCCAACUAUUUUUCUGUAGGAGGUAGUGAUGUUUACGCACGUUUGUAUGACAUCAGAAAAUACCAAGUCAAUGCAUCAACUAAAGAAGGAAGCCCUGCCAACUACUUCUGCCCUCAUCACCUUAUUGGGAAAGACGAUGUUCGCAUUACAGCAUUAGCUUACUCCAACACGAGCGAGCUGCUCGUCUCGUACAACGAUGAUCUCAUAUAUCUGUUUCAGAGGAACAUGGGUUUGGGUCCGAAAUUCGCACCUUCACCGUCAGAAGACUCGCCCAGACCGUCGGAAGCACAAGUUUUCUCGGGGCACAGGAACUUCCGAACAGUCAAGGGAGUCAACUUCUUUGGCCCAAAUGAUGAAUACGUCAUCAGCGGGUCUGACUGUGGCCAUAUAUUUAUCUGGAAGAAGAAGUGCUGUGAGGUCGUCCGUAUGAUGGUUGGCGACAGGCACGUCGUGAACCAGCUCGAAUCCCAUCCGCUCAUCCCAAUGCUUGCUACCUGUGGAAUAGAGAAGAAUGUAAAGCUUUGGUCCCCCUCUUCAAAUGAUAUCACCCCUGUGCCUGACAAUGUUCAAGAGAUAAUGGAAGGUAACAGGCAAGGCAGGGAGGACCAUUCCCGGGUGUCCUUCACCCCCGACGUGAUCAUGCAUGUUCUGCGACUCCACCGGAGGCAAGCACAUGUGUACGUCGAGAGACGAUACAACAGAGAAGAUUCCGGAAGCGACGGGGACGAUGAUGAUGAUGAUAGGGAGGAGGGUUACCUCUUAGGAUUCUCAGAUGGUGAUCCUGCAGAAGAUGGAGAGAACCCAAGAGAAUGCAGCAUUAGCUAAACCUCUCAUUUCCCUAUUUCUACUUGAAAUAUUUCCCUUGUUAUGUUACUAUAUGUAAAAUGUGUGGGAUUUGAAUAAUUUCAAUACUGCUAUUCUAUAUGUGUAAAUGAGUAUCAAAGUUAUUUACA